GAUUACUUAACUGCUUUUUUCUUGUCAUUUUUAAUCCCUAAAUAAAUACAUAUUUAUAUUUAUGCAUAUGUAAAUACCACCCUUGUGACCAUGAAAUCGUAUAAAAAGCCGCGCAGUUGACACUUUCAGCAACAGUUCUCGCAACAACUUUCUCACAGUCAAUACAGACCUACAAGAAACAAAAUCCCAAAAUCAAAAUGUUCAAAUUGGUGGUAUUGUCUGCUCUCCUCGCCGUAGCUGCUGCUGCUCCUCAUGUCGUUGAAACACCCGUUGUGUACUCCGCUCCCGCAGCCGCUGUUGCCGUUCAAGAACCUGUGCUCGCCAAAGUCGGUUCGGUGGUGAAGAGUGUACCCACUGCUGUCUCACACCAGAGCUCCACCGUUGUACACAGUUCCGCAGUCGCUGUUGAGGAUGUCGUUGCUCCAGCUGUGAAAACUACCUAUAGCGCUCCAGUUGUGGCGGCUGCUCCAGUUGUACACCAAACUUAUGCCGCUGCUGCUCCGGUUGUUCAUCAAACUUAUGCCGCCGCUGCUCCGGUUGUUCACCAAACUUAUGCCGCUGCUGCCCCUGUUGUUCACUCUGCUCCUUUGGUGCACUCCACCUAUGGUGCUGCUGUGGUUGCUGCCGCUUCUCCACUCACCUACACCGCUCACGGUUUGUGGUAAACGCAAAGAGGAAACGAUGAUCAAAGUGUUAUAUAACGGUUUAAAGUAUGGAUUAUGCUUGGACGGCUUCUUUGAGAAAGUUGUGAUUGCUUAGAGUAAUAAAUAUGAUAUUGAAAAUUGA